AUGAAAGUUAAUAACUGCCGUGUUAAGAACCCAGAUGUGAAUGGUUUGAGUACACAAACUACAGAAGAAACUGAUCAACACUCGAACAUGACUACUGAAGAGAAUCUAGAGAAGAAAUCAUCUCGGUACUUGUAUAUAGUGAUUCCUUUGAUCAUCACUUUCUUUGUUGUAUGUGUUGGUUUUGUUAUUUGGAAACGGCUACAUAAAAGAAACAGAAGUGAAGAAUGA